CAUAGGAUUAUGCCUUGGUUUAUUCCGGGUAUGCCUCAUGGGACCGUUUGGACGAGGUUUCUCUUCAGUUGCAUCAGGGGACACUGGCGUUGUUAGAUUAAUUGGGCCCUGGAGGUUACCCAGAAUUUUUAUGAAAUCCGAUAUAUGGGUAAAUGAUGUAACGUAUUGCUUCUUGUAGUUUUGCAACAUUGCUAUCAUGAUAUGCAACGUGUGAUUAUUCAUGGUCGCUUGGAGCAUCGAGAUAACCAUGUCAUUGUCAUCUCGAACUCCAUAGACACGGACAUCCCUGUCAAGUCGCAUAGCGAAUUGAUGGUACGUCUCAUGCGCACCACGACCUUUUUCCAACAAUUUGUUGAAUUGAGACGUCCUUUCUUGUUCAGUCAAUGCAAUUUUCAAGAAAGUGGCUUCACAUUUUUCCCAGGUCUUUUGAUCCUCAGGAAGUUUUUUGAGUUCUUGCUCAAGAUAUCGUCGAUGAUAAUCGCUGAUAGUGAGGUACAGUAGGUAUCGAUCGCAUGAUUUUUCAAACGUUUCUCGGCCUACAUAUGUGCAUACCACAUGU